AUGACGCUCAGUAUCUCGAUUGAUCCAGAUCCCCACGGCUCGGAUCGCUCUUAUUCCGACGACGAGGGCUCGUCUGGUGUCCAUGUCCCUACAUCUUCCGAGUUAGAAAGUCAUGAGUACCAGGAUUAUGAUGAGUGGGCGCAUUUGCCAUAUCCGGAUGAAUUGAAACCAUCUGAUUCAGCCUCCCGACCAAGAACUUCGCACCGCAGUCGUCCGCCCCACGGUUCACGCUCCGCUUCGGGCCGUCGCCCAACAUCGCGACGUAUGGUUCAGGAACACCAGUCGUUCGCCCCUCGAGGCCGAAGACAACAAUCACCAGAUUCUCCCGAUAGUGCCGAUUCCGCCGAUGAGUACCCUCUCAAUUUUGGUCGAAAUGAUCGGAGGGGGUGGCAGCAACCUAUGCCACCCGCCCCUGGAUAUGCCCCUAGCCAGUCCUCUGGUCCAUCUUAUACUCCCUACCCUCCUCCCCCACCCCCGGGCCAUGGCCCGUAUGCCCACCACAAUCCUCCUCCGAUCACAUCGGAACUCAUGAGAAUUCCUCACCCGGGCCAACCUAACCCCUAUGGUGCUCCUCCGCCUUACGGAUACCCACCCCACUUUCAACCUGGGCCUCAUUUUCUUCCCGAUCAACCGCAACUUCAUCCACGACAUGCGCCUCGCCAGCCGCCUCAAUUGCACAAUCCAAUGCCGCCAAUGCCGCCAAUGCCGCACGCGAUGGGUCCCCACGGUAUCCAUUCCCCUUACCCUGGAUAUCCCCACGAGUUAAUGGCCUACGGUCAGACUGGUUUCUAUCGAGAUCAACCCAGCUAUUUCGGAGGACCGAUCCCGGGCAUGAUGCCUUCUCAUUAUUGGCCACCCUAUCCCCCAGUGCCUUCUCCUCCAGUGCAACCCAAACCUAAAUCUCCGCCCCCUGCAACGCCUGCUCCCGAACCUGCUCCGGCUCCAGCCCCAGCCCCGGCUCCGGCUCCGGCUCCGGCUCCAGCCCCUGAACCUGCUCCCCCUCCACCACCGCCUCCACCGGUUGACACUGCCAAGGAUGAGCAAAUUGCGAGGCUAGAGAAGUUGAUUUUGGACGACCGUCUAGAUCGUGAAGCGAAAGAGCUUGCCAAACAGCAGGCUAUUGAACGCGCGGCCGCCGAGAAAGCAGCCCAGGAUGCGCAGACUGCGCAUGAUCGGAAGAUUACCCAGGAAGCUGCGGCGCUUGCACGAGCGGAUGCCGAAAAAAAGGCGGCGGAGGAUGCCGCGAAGGCCAAGGAGGCAGCAGAGAAAGCCACCGCCGCGGCCGCUGCCGAGGCAGCAGCAGCAGCAACGGCCGCAGCUAAUGAAGCAGCUGCCAAAGCGGCCGCAGAAGCUGCUGAGGCAGCUGCUAAGGCUGCCGAACCGCCCCCACCACCGCCGCCACCACCACCCCCAGAGAAGAAGCAGCCUAUCAAAUUCAAGGAUGCUGUUGGGAGAAAAUUCAGUUUUCCAUUUGAACUAUGUGCUACCUGGCAGGGGAUGGAAGAACUCAUCCGGCAGGCUUUCCUCCAUAUUGAAGUCAUUGGACCUCAUGUCGCCGAGGGUCAUUAUGACCUUAUUGGCCCGAAUGGCGACAUUAUCCUCCCACAGGUUUGGGAAACUGUGGUCGAGCCUGACUGGGCUAUCACUAUGCACAUGUGGCCAAUUCCCGAAAAGCCAAAGGAAGACCCUCCUCCGCCUGCACCGGAACCGGCCCCUGUAAAACCUCCUGAUCCGCCUGCGGAGCCGAAGAAGAAAGCAGAUGCUCCUAAAAAAGCCAAGGCCAGAGGACCAGAUGUCCCCGGGAGUUUCGCGAUGUGGAUGUUAGGUGGCACCAAUCGCCGAGGGGGCAAAGGGGGUCCUAAAGUGGAAAAAAAGCCAGAAGUCCCUCCCCCGGCACCCGCACCAUGA